AUGAAGAUUUCCAUCAAUCUCAUUAGUUUACUUUUCUGCAGCACUUUCGUCGCUGCAGAGGGCUUAUCGUUCUUUAGAAAUGGUCAAAAAGUCCUCGAAGAUAAGGGAGGAGCCGUUCCUGGCAGCAAUCCUCUUACAUACUGCAAAGCCGACCAUUCUUCCGAUAUUCUAAAGCUCGACCACGUCAAUUUGACUCCUAAUCCUCCAACUGCUGGGAAUAAACUCACCAUCGAGGCGGUCGGUACAUUAUCGCAGAAGUUAGAGAAGGGUGCAUAUGUUAUCUUGCAGGUCAAAUAUGGCUUGAUAAGACUUAUCAAUAUGCAGCAGGAUCUGUGCGAUCAGGUAUCUAACGUCGAUUUGGAUUGCCCGAUUGAUGAAGGAAAGAUCACAAUCACGAAGGAUGUUGACCUACCAAAGGAGAUUCCUCCGGGAACUUACACCGUCUUCGCCGAUGCAUAUUCCAAGGAUGGCAAGGAGCAUAUCAUUUGUUUAGAAGCAACGGUUACGUUUACUCGUUAG